AUGAGGACAACGGUUUGGUUUCUGCUCUGGGUGUGUGUUUGCUGUAUCGCUCCGACGUGUUGUUGGCACGACUUGGACAACAGCGAGUACGACUGCUGGCCUCUGCACAAACCCAACGAAUACAACAUGAUCGACUGUGGAGGUCUGGAGAUGGCCUGGAUCGUCCGUCCUCCUGAGACGGUGAAGACCGGCGAGGUGUUCAGCGUCACGUACUCCGUUAGUGCUCAGGACUCCUUCUACCACUGGGCUGUUGAAAACCACAUCUUCACACACAGUUCCAUCGUAAACGCCGAAGCAGCUCGGAGCUUCUGUGAACAUCACGACUGUCCGGCCAACUGGAAAGACGCGAAUGGAGAAAACUGCUGCAUUCAUCACGCCAACAUCCACUCCUGUCCUCUGGGACACAUGGUAUCCGAGAGCAUCUGUGGCCCCUGGAUUCCUGACGAUGGCAAAAUCUUCACGCACACCCUCUCUACGUCCGGCACGAUGACGCAGAGCAACUGGACGGCCAAAGUGGUUUUGGUCCAUUCUGGUUUGACCUCCCUCAUCGCUCACAUUCGAGUUGGUCAGAUGCAGGUUGCUCUGGAGGCCAAGAGCACCGUGUUGCCUGCUGUUGUUUGUGGUGACGGUGUCUGUGAGGAGGCGGAGCUUUGUUCCACCUGUUCAGCUGACUGUGGCGAAUGCCCCAUGACCCCGGCCACCAAGCUGGCCAUCAGCUUACCACUCAGCCUGCUCUGCCUCUGCCUGCUGCUCACCGCCCUGUGGCUGAAGUACCACAGACAGAAGCUGCUGUGGGACGAGAGCUGGAUCAUCGACUUCUCCACAAUAAAACAAGAUCAUGAAGCUCGUAUGACCAUGGGCAGUAUGAUGAGCGUUCCUCAGGGGAACAGCGACAGUAACACCAGCUGUAUAACUGCCCUCAGCUCGUGCACGGGACAACCAGGGACCCGAAAAACAAUGUUCACCUGCACCGGGAUAUAUGACGGCAGGACGGUGGCCAUCAAGAGGAUUCAGACAAAGACUUUCUCUCUGUCCAAAACCAUCAGACAGGAAGUCAAACAAGUCAGGGAACUGGAUCAUCCAAACCUCUGUAAGUUCACUGGUGGGUGCAUUGAGGUUCCAAAUGUUGCCAUAGUGACAGAGUACUGCCCCAAAGGAAGCCUGAACGACGUCCUGCUAAACGAGGAGAUCCCGCUCAACUGGGGCUUCAGGUUUUCUUUCGCCAACGACAUCGCCAGAGGGAUGUCGUACCUGCACCACCACAAGAUCUGCCACGGUCGCCUCAAGUCCAUGAACUGUGUGUUAGACGACCGCUGGGUUUGUAAAAUAACAGACUACGGACUGAGAAUGUUUCGCAGGGAUGAUGGGGCGGAGCCUCUUUCCUCCUAUCACCAGAGACUGCUGGAGGUCUACAUGCCGCCCGAGUUUCAAAACUCCAACAUGGAGCCGACGCUGACCGGAGACGUGUUCAGUUAUUCCAUCAUCCUGCUGGAGAUCGCCACUCGCAGUGAUCCCGUCCCUGUGGAGGAGUCCAACCUGGAGUGUGCCUGGUGUCCUCCUCUACCUGAACUGAUCUCCAGUAAAGUCGACAACACCUGCCCGUGUCCUGCUGACUACGUGGAGCUGAUCCGGCGAUGCCGCGCUCACAACCCCCUCCACCGACCCACCUUCGAACAAAUCAGGAAGUUUGUUCACCGGAUCAACCCGGUCAAAGUCAGCCCAGUGGACAUGAUGAUGAACCUGAUGGAGAAAUACAGUAAACAUCUGGAGGUGCUGGUGGCCGAGCGAACUCAAGACCUGAUGCAUGAGAAACAGAAAACUGACCGGCUGCUGUACAGUAUGCUUCCGAAGCAAGUGGCUGAUGAUCUGCGUCAGGGAAAACCGCUGCAGGCUCAGAGCUACGUCAGCGCCACCGUCUUCUUCAGUGAUAUCGUGGGCUUCACGCAGCUCUCCUGCAGCAGCACUCCUUACCAAGUCGUGGAUUUUCUCAACAAACUCUACACAACAUUUGACGACAUCAUCGACAUCUACGACGUCUACAAGGUGGAAACCAUCGGCGACGCCUACAUGGUGGUGUCAGGCGUGCCGCUGGAGAACGGGAUCCUCCACGCCUCGGGGAUCGCCAGCAUGGCUCUAGACCUGGUUGGCGUCUGUCGCACAUUCAGGAUCCCUCACAAGCCCAACAUGCAGCUGCAGAUACGAGCUGGGAUUCACUCUGGUCCGCUGGUUGCCGGGGUUGUCGGGACGAAGAUGCCUCGUUACUGUCUGUUCGGCGACACAGUGAACACAGCGUCCAGGAUGGAGUCCACCAGUCUGGCCCUAAAGAUCCAGGUCAGCUCCAGUGCCUUCUACCUCCUGGAGGAGAUCGGCGGCUACGUGCUGCAGUGCAGAGGAAUGCUGCAGGUCAAGGGGAAAGGUGACAUGGUAACGUACUGGUUGGAAGGGAAGAAGACGUCUCUGGCUGGAAGGGACAUCAGCCAGGACGCCAAGAUUAUCAAGAACUUCAACAUGGAGACGGAGGUCGGGAUGGAGAAGGAGCGGGAGCUGUACCCGUCCAUCCCGGGGUUCCUGAACGGCGACCUGCUCCUGGAUCCGAUCUGA